UUAAAGAGACUAAUCAGGCGCUUGAGUAGACGGCUAUUCGUUGCCCCAGUCCUCCUAAUGCACCUGUUGCAGGUGAGGAGCCGCCGCCUCCCGUCUCAGGGUGGGGCGCUCGCGUGGGAUGCAGAGGCAUUUCGCUGCUGCUCUUGAGGGCGACAGGGAAGGCUUUUGGGUGGCUUUGGAAGAAUGAAUAAUCCUAUACCUUCCAAUCUGAAAUCAGAAGCAAAAAAAGCAGCUAAGAUUUUAAGAGAGUUUACAGAAAUAACUUCCAGAAAUGGUCCUGACAAGAUCAUACCUGCCCAUGUAAUUGCCAAAGCAAAAGGUCUUGCAAUCUUGUCUGUUAUCAAGGCUGGAUUUUUGGUAACGGCUCGAGGAGGCAGUGGGAUUGUAUUAGCUCGCCUGCCGAGUGGAAAUUGGUCGGCUCCCUCUGCAAUAGGAAUAGCUGGCCUGGGUGGUGGAUUUGAAAUCGGAAUUGAGGUAUCAGACCUUGUAGUAAUACUGAAUCAUGAAAGAGCAGUUGAAGCUUUUGCAAAAGGUGGAAAUCUUACUCUGGGAGGAAACUUUACAGUGGCCAUUGGACCUUUGGGGAGAAAUCUAGAAGGUGAUGUAGCCUUGAGAAGCUCCGCAGCUGUUUAUACUUACUGCAAAUCUCGAGGGCUAUUUGCAGGGGUCUCUUUAGAAGGAAGUUGUUUAAUUGAAAGAAAGGAAACAAAUAGCAAGUUCUAUGGUCGGGAUAUCCGUGCCAGUGCCAUUCUGUUUGGCGAUAUGCCGCCUCCUUUUCAAGCACAGGAUCUUUAUGAUAUCCUUGAAUCUUUUACACUGCAGUAUGAAAACCAGGAGGGAAGGAACUAUGUGUGGACACCUGUACCAAGAGAACCAAAAAGGGUUAGUGGCAAUUCCUCAAGACAACAGACACGCAGGAGUUCUGAAGACUUUACCCGAGAAGAUACAAGAGCCCCAAACAGACUUUAUCCUGAGCUUCCUAGUUACUCAACUGCAAUGGAACAAGACCCUUUGCAAGGUGAUCUGAACAUUGUGCCCCCUCCCUCCGGCCACCCCAUCCUAUCACAGGAGGCACAUGAUUGGAGCUUAUGACAGAUCAGUUAUGGCAGAAGCUAUGUCUUUCCCAGCGCAGACAGAAAACAUAAAAAUGAUACUUUUGUAUAUGAAUUGGAUUAAUAGCCAUGGAGACAUUAGGUCAUUCUCAUCGGCCAUCUAAUUCUAUCCCAACAUCUGUUCUGUGAACGUGCAAGAGAAAGAAAUGUAUUCUUUAGCUUUGUCAACAUUAUGGGUUUACUAUAGGUCACUGCUGAAUUGAAGUGGGUUUGAUCAACAUCUGGUUUACAGGAUUUGUUCUGCAGAAAAUGAAAUUCAUGGUGGUAAAUAGAAGCUCCUGAACUUGAUUUGGUAUGUUUUGCUCCUUGGGAGAACAUUGCACAUACAUACAUGUGGUGGACCUGAUUAAUUGUUCAGAAGAGAUAGUAAAAAUAUCGGCAUAUAUUCUGUGUAAAACUAACUGAUAUAUAACAUUAUAGAUUUCUAAUUCAUUGAGGUUCCCAUUUCAGAGUGCUUAGGGGAGUUUUGCUUGCUUGAUCUGUGCAACAUUACAUUUCCAUUGCUUUGUACUCUGCAUUUUAACCAAGCCCUAGCCCUAUAUUCCACUCUUGCACAAGUCCAUGCUCAGCCCUCUCUAGUCUGAUCAUGCCCUGGUUCUUGUUCUGGUUGUUGAGCUUGGUUUGUUAUACUUUUAAUAAUGUUUUUAUACCCUGCUGUGUUUUUAAUGUGAUUGUUAUGUGCUAUUAUGUUUUUAACUGUGUUAAAAGCGGGCUUGGUCCCAUUUGUAAGCCGCCCUGAGUUCCUUCAGGGAGAUGGUUGGCAGAGUAUAAAAAUAAAGUUAUUAUUUAUUA